UUGAAGGUGUGGUGGAACGCUGUUUCGGUUCAGACAAAAAUCCAGAGGACCUUCGUGUUGUCAUCAUGGCGUCUUUGUGGGAUGACUUGGGCAGUCUUGUGAAUAGCGAUUCCUCUUUCUCUGCAAAGACAGGAGAGAGAGGAACCAUCAAGCCCAAAGCAAACUUUGAUGCAGGAGACGAUGCCGUGGCUCUGAGGAAGGCCAUUGAAGGACUCGGCACCACAGAGAAGACUCUGAUUGACAUUUUGACCCACAGAAGCAGCGCUCAGAGGCAGCUCAUCUGUGAGGCCUAUCAGGGAGCCACCGGCAGGGUGAGAUCUCACUGCUGCUGUCAUUCAUCCAGAGCGAACUACAGUCACCUGCAUCAGAACAGAGAGUCUCAGAAAAUGACUUCCUCACUGCUUCACAAGUUCUUGUCUUUACUGGAGGACGUGAAAGGGGACACCCACGGUGACUUCGAGAGCCUGCUGGUGGCGCUCAUCACCCCUCCCGCCGUGUACGACUGCCACGAAGUGAUGCGGGCCAUGAAAGGAGCUGGGACAGACGACAGCAUCUUGAUUGAAAUCUUUGCCUCCAGAUCCAAUGAACAGAUCGCAGCUCUCUGUGACGUCUACUUGCAAGAAACAGAGAAGAAGCUGACCCUUGACCUGAAGAAGGAAGUUUCUGGAGACUUUGUCAAAGCGCUGCUCCUCCUGGCCGAGGGAAAGAGGGACGAGAGCACCGACGUAGACAAAGACAAGGCAAAAGAAGAUGCGAAGACCCUGUACGAUGCCGGGGAGAAGAAGUGGGGCACCGACGAAUCGAAAUUUAUUGACAUCCUCUGCCAAAGAAGUAUACCCCAACUGAGACAAACUCUCGUUGAAUAUAAGAACAUCAGUGGAAAGACUCUGCAAGAAAGCAUCGAAGGAGAGAUGUCAGGGGAGCUGGAGGAGCUGCUGGUGGCCAUCGUGAAAUGUGUGAAGAGCGUACCAGCCUACUUUGCAGAACGCCUGUACGGGAGCAUGAAGGGUGGUGGAACAGACGAGUUGACUCUGAACCGGAUCAUGGUGAGUCGGUCUGAGAUCGAUCUGAUGGACAUCAGAGCCGAGUUCAAGAAACUCUACGAGUACUCGCUGCACUCUGCCAUCGAGUCUGAUUGCGGAGGGAAUUAUGAAAAGACUCUGCUAAAAAUCUGCGGAGGAGACGAUGAGUCCUAACAUCCACGUCACUGUGCCGUUAUGCUCCCUCUCAGCAGUGGUGGAAAGUAACUGAGUACAUUUACUCAAGUACAAUGUUGUUCCAUUUAUUGCUGCUUUACGCUUUACUGCAUGUCAGAGAGAAAUGUUGUACUUUUCACUUCACUACACUUAUUUAAGGGCUGUUUGUUCACAUAAUAACGACUCAACAUUAUCAAAUAGUUUUCAAAGCUGUUCACUUAAAAUAAAAUGAAGAUGUUAUUUUAUGAAUCCUUCACUUCUGAAUAGUUUCCACAGACGUUUCCGACAGAGACCUUUGUCAUUUUGUACUAGUUAUAGUCAUUUGAAGGAAACUUCCCAGCAAUUUGGAGAAAAAAUAGUAAUUUGUACAUUACUGACCCACAAGACAGGGAUUCAUCUAAACAACAAAAUACUAAUUCAAGUAAAGGAUUGCUUUAAAAGUCUGCGGGAAUGAGUGUUACAUGGCUCAUUAGCACACAGUAAUGUGGCUGUAACAUCAGCAUUAUUAACAUUCCUCCACUUUCUUAUCAGCUUAUCCAUCUCUUUUCUCUUUUAUCUCCUUCUUGUUGUAACUUCCAGUAAUAAAAAAGCUCAUGAAUGUU